CUCAACCUCGACAUUUAAAGCACAAUGGACGAAACGAAGCGACUCGUGCUCGUGCUUGGCGCCACGCUGCUGUGGCUGCAGUGCCACCAUGCCCAGCAGAGAGGGCUGUUUCCAGCUGUGCUGAAUCUGGCGACGAUGGCGGACAUAACAGCCAACGCCACCUGCGGUUCGGACGGCCCGGAGAUGUUCUGUAAGCUGGUGGAACACGUACCAGGGCAGCCCGUGAGAAACCCACAGUGUCGCACCUGCAACCAAAAAAGCUCAAGACCAUUUGAGCGCCACCCCAUUGAGUACGCUAUAGAUGGAACUAACCGCUGGUGGCAAAGUCCCUCCAUCAAAAAUGGAAUGGGAUACCACUAUGUGACCAUCACGCUCGACCUAAAACAGGUUUUCCAGAUCGCCUAUGUGAUCAUAAAAGCCGCCAACUCACCUCGACCAGGUAAUUGGAUCUUGGAGCGUUCGAUAGAUGGCCUGACAUUUGAGCCGUGGCAGUACUACGCCAUCACCGAAACGGAGUGCCUGACCAGGUUCAACAUCAAUCCCCGAACCGGUCCUCCGUCGUACACCAGGGACGAUGAAGUUAUCUGCACGUCCUUCUACUCCAAGAUUCACCCGCUGGAGAACGGCGAGAUCCACACUUCCCUGAUCAAUGGUCGACCCAGUGCAGACGACCCCUCCCCAACCCUGCUGAACUUCACCUCCGCCCGCUACAUCAGGUUGGUGUUCCAGCGAAUCCGGACGCUGAACGCCGAUCUCAUGACCCUGACACAGCACGACCCCAAAGAUAUCGAUCCCAUUGUGACAAGGCGGUACUACUAUUCUGUUAAGGACAUCUCAGUUGGAGGGAUGUGCAUCUGUUACGGCCACGCCAAAGCCUGUCCGCUCAACAGUGUUACAAAGAAGUUUAGCUGCGAAUGUGAGCACAACACGUGCGGGGAGAGCUGCGAUCGUUGUUGCCCGGGUUACCACCAGCAGCCCUGGAUGGCGGGAACCUUCCUCACUCGGCACGUCUGUGAGAAGUGUAACUGCCAUGGAAAGGCAGAGGAGUGCUACUUUAAUCAGACAGCAGCAGAUCUCUCACUCAGCCUGGACACCCACGGUCAAUACAGAGGGGGCGGCGUCUGCAUCGACUGCCAGGACAACACGGCCGGAAUCAACUGCCAGAGCUGCCUUUCUGGAUUCUACCGACCCGCCGGGGUGAGUGCUGAGGAUGAGGAUCCCUGCACGCCCUGCUCGUGCGACCCACACGGUUCGGUCAGCCAAGCCUGCGUCGCUGAUUCAAGCCAAGCUACACCCCGCCAGCCAGAGGGGUCAUGCUGGUGUAAGGAGGGUUUCGGGGGUCUGCGAUGUGACAGGUGUGCAGUUGGUUAUAUGGGCUAUCCGUCCUGUCAGCGCUGUAACUGCAGCGUGGAGGGAAGCACCAACGCUGACCCAUGUAUAACACCCUGUCUGUGCAAGGAAAACGUGGAGGGGGAGAACUGCGACCGCUGCAAGCUGGGAUUCUUCAAUUUGCAAGGCGACAACCGCCGCGGCUGCGAGAAGUGCUCCUGCAUGGGCGUUUCCAGCGAGUGCUCCGCCUCCACGUGGAGCUACCGCAAUGAAACCACCCUGACCGGCUGGCACCUGGUGGGAGACACGGGAGGAGGGUGUGGUUCCGUGCACAGAGAGACGCCGCCGUACCUGAGCGUCCGACACGCAGAUGUUGUGAAUGAUCUGGGUUCCGCCUACUACUGGAACGCGCCCGGCCUUUACCUCGGGAACAAGGUCGCAGCUUACGGAGGAAGUGUUUCCUUCACUGUGUCUUAUACCACAGACCAACAAGAACAAGCUCUCAUCAGAGUCACAUCGGAGCCCGACCUGAUCAUCGAGGGAGGCGGGUAUGAAGAUAUCGACAAGAGGUUCGGCCAGCCGGUUUACCCGUUUUCCCCCAGCACCAACCGCAUCGCUCUCCUUCCGGAGAACUUCCUCGUUCUGAAACGUCUCAACAGAUUUCUCGGAGGAGAUUUCUUGACUGUGUUGGCAAACGUGACCAAAGUGAUGGUCCGGCCUCUUACAGCACAGAAACCAGCGCUCCUCUACAGACUUCACUCAUUCUCAAUGCAGGUAGCGAGUCCUUCAGCCGGAGGAGGAGAGGCGAGAGCAUCAGCUGUAGAAAUGUGUUCCUGUCCUCCCGGAUAUGGUGGAACAUCGUGUGAGUCAUGUAUUCUUGGUUUUCGGAGAGUCAACGGGAAUCUGUACAACGGUGUGUGUGAACCCUGCCACUGCCACAGACACUCCAUGCAAUGCCACGAAGUCACCGGACACUGCCUGGAUUGCUCCCACAACACUGGCGGACCCCACUGCGACUCCUGCCUCCCUGGUUAUUACGGCGACGCCACUCGGGGCUCACCUGCUGACUGCCAGCCCUGCGCCUGCCCACUCAAUCUUCCUAGCAACAACUUCAGCCCCACCUGCCACGUCGGAGGAGGGGAGCUGCUGUGCGACCGGUGUCAGCCGGGAUACUCAGGACCACGAUGCGACAGAUGUUCCAACGGAUACUACGGCCAGCCCGCCGUACCGGGGGGAUCCUGCCAGCCCUGUGAUUGCCAUGGCAACCUGGAUCUAUCCGUACCUGGCAGCUGCAACCCAAUCACAGGCCAGUGUCUGCGGUGCCGCCAGGGUUAUGGUGGCGAGGCCUGCGACAGCUGUGCCGAGGGUUAUUAUGGAGACGCCAUAACGGCGAAAAACUGCCAACCCUGCCUGUGCCACACCAAUGGCUCCGUGUCCGAGGUCUGCCACGGAGCGACGGGGCAGUGCCGGUGCAGGGAGAACGUGGUCGGCCGGCAGUGUGACGAGUGUAUGGCUCAGACUCACGGCAUCACCACAGGCGGAGUGUGUGUGCCGUGCCACUGCAACUCGUUUGGGUCGAAGUCGUUCGACUGCGAUGAGAACGGUCAGUGUCGCUGUCAGCCCGGCGUCUCCGGACCCAAAUGCGACCGCUGUUCACGGGGCUUCUUCAACUUCCUGGAGGGCGGCUGCACACCCUGUCAGUGCAGUCAUGUGGGGAACAACUGCGACGCCACCACCGGGCAGUGCAUCUGUCCCCCGAACACCAUCGGCGAGCGGUGCGACCGCUGCGCUCCCAACCACUGGGGCCACGACAUCGUGACUGGAUGCAAGGAGUGCGGCUGCAGUGUGAUCGGUUCGGUGACCCAGCAGUGCAACGUGAACACCGGCUGCUGCUUCUGUCGCGACUCCUUCAGAGGAGAGAAAUGCAAUGAGUGUCAAAUUGGAUACAGAGAUUUUCCUCAGUGCAUCCAGUGCGAGUGCAACAUCUCUGGAUCGGACAGCGAGACCUGCGACUUGGAGAGGGAAGUGUGUGGCUGUGCUGAUCGAACAGGAAAGUGUAACUGCAAGGAAAAUGUUGAAGGACACAACUGUGACCGCUGCAAGUCAAACACGUUUGGGUUAUCGGUACGAAAUCCGCUGGGCUGCAGCAAGUGUUACUGUUACGGACUGACACCCUUCUGCACAGAGGCUCAAGGACUUAUCAGAAUGAGAUUGAUGCUGAAGCCCGAGCAGACGGUGCUGCCCCUGGUGGAUAAAUCCAACACCGUGGAAACGAGGACAGGAGUGAGCUUCCAGCAUCCUGAGAUCCUGGCUCAUGCGGAGCUGGUCACCUCCACUCUCACUGAGCCCUACUACUGGAAGCUCCCCCAGCAGUUCAGAGGCUCUAUGAUCACGGCGUACGGUGGGAAGCUGAGGUACGCCGUCUACUACGAGGCCAGAGAUGAAACCGGUCCGUCCUCCUACGAGCCUCAGGUCAUCAUUAAGGGCGGCCCGAACCACAACGUACUGAUGACGCGUCACGUCCCGGGACUCCAGAUCGGUCAGCUCACUCGCCACGAGAUCGACAUGACGGAGCAUGAGUGGAAGUUCGCAGAUGGCCGGUCCAUGACUCGAGAGGACUUCAUGGAUGUUUUGUUCUAUGUGGACUACAUUCUAAUUAAGGCAUCUCACGGCAACUUGAUGAGACACAGCCGCAUUUCAGAGAUCAGUCUAACUGUGGCCGAGGAAGGAAGACCAACUAAAGAAAGUGACAGAGCCCACCAGAUAGAAAAGUGCGACUGUCCGACCGGAUACUCUGGAUUGUCCUGUGAGGAGUGUGCUGCAGGUUUCUACCGUCUCCGCUCAGGCUCCCCGACAUCUGUUCCAGCGUCCAGCGUGCCCACCGCUGUCGGCAUGGGCAGCUGUGUUCAGUGUCAGUGCAGUGGGCAUUCUUCCACCUGUGACCCUGAGACGUCCAUAUGCCAGAAUUGUCAGGACAACACGGAGGGAGAUCGCUGUGAACGAUGCGCUCCUGGAUUCUACGGCGUCGUCCGCGGUGCUCCAGAUGACUGUAAACCGUGCGCCUGCCCUCUCACCAACCCAGAAAAUAAUUUCAGUCCAUCCUGUGUGACGGAGGGCUUCGAUGACUACCGUUGCACUGCCUGUCCUGAGGGCUAUGAGGGCAAAUACUGUGAAAGGUGUGCCACUGGUUACCACGGCGACCCCAGGACGCCGGGAGGUCGCUGUGAGGAGUGUAAGUGCUCCUCGUGGGGGGCGUUGCCCGGACCCUGCGACCCUGUCUCGGGCCAGUGCCGCUGCAGGCCCGGAGUGUCGGGACUGGCGUGUGACCAGUGCAUGGGAAGGCAUGUGUGUGGACCGUUUGGAAUCAUCUCCUGCGAUGAUGAGUGCUCCGGUCUGCUCCUCAGUGAUAUGGACCGCUUGGACCGUAUCAUCAGUGAGGUCACUCUGACCACGCCCCUCCCGCCGCCCUAUAAGGUGUUGUACCGCUUCGAGAACAUGACGGAGGAACUGAAGCACAUGCUGUCGCCUCAGAAAGCCCCUGAGAGAUUACUGCAACUGGCCGACUCCAACCUGGGAUCCCUGGUCGUGGAGAUGGACCAGCUGCACAGCAGGGCCACUAAGGUGUCGGCAGACGGCGAGCAGGUCGAGGACGACGCUGACAGGAUUCAUAAAAGAGCCGAGGACCUGGAGCUUUUCAUCAGAGACACACUGCUGGGAGCCAGAGACCUCCAGCUGAAGGCUGCCGAGCUGAACCAGACUCUCUCGCGGAGAGACGGAGCUCCAGACAAAAGCCUGAACGAGAUGAAGGACGAGAUCCAGGCCAUGCUCAGCGAGAUGAGAAGACGACAGCUGGGAGGGAAGAAAACCAUCGCAGAGGAGGAAAAAGAUCUCGCAGACGAGUUGUAUCAGAAAGUCAAACGUAUGUUUGGUGACCCCCACCAGGCCACAGAGGACCUGAAAGCAGAGAUAAAAGAGAAGCUGUCCGACCACGAGGCGAAGCUGCAGGAGGCCCAGGAUUUGCUCCACGCCGCCCAGGGGAAGACGUGGAAGGCUGGCUCGCUGGCUGAACAAAACCAGGCCAACCUCACGGCCCUGGAGAGGAAGAGAGCCGCAGUCAGCGGGGUCAAAGACGAAGCGCAGAAAGUGCUGGGAGAAGGAGAACACCUUCUGGAUGAAGCGAACCAGCUUUCUGACAACAUCAUCAAGGAGCUGGAGGACCUGGAGGAGAUGGGCAGAGAGCUCGGGCCCCUUCACGACCAGCUGGAUGAUAAAGUCCGCCACCUCACCGGCGGUUUGAGUGACGGCAGACUGGCCAAUCAGGUGCUGGAUGCAGAGGAACACGCCAGGCAGCUGAAUGAAUCCGCAGCCAUCCUCGACGGCAUUUUGGCUGAGGCUAAAAACCUCUCCUUCAAUGCAACCGCUGCCUUCAAUGCCUACAGUAAUAUCAAAGGAAAUGUUGACGCCGCCGAGAAAGAGGCAAAAGCAGCCAAACAAAGAGCAAACGAAGCACUGGCAAUGGCUUUAGGUCCAGAUGUUCCGGCGAAGGACGCAGCUCAAGAUGCUCUGAAGAAGAGUCAGCUUCUUCUGGAACAAGCUAAAAAACUUCAAAACGAUGUCCAAGAGAAUGCAGAUAGUGUGGCAGGACUGAAGGGCAGAGUUAAAGCAGCGAGAGACAAAACCAAAGACCUGCUGAAAGCUGUCAAUGGAACCAUAGCAACGCUCAACGCCAUCCCCAACGACACAGCAGCUAAGCUGGCCGUCACCAAGGCUGUGGCAGCUGACGCUAACGCCACCGCCAUCGACGUCCUGGAGCGCCUCGGAGAUUUGAACCUGCGACUCGGCGGCCUGCAGCGCAACUACAGCGAGCUGGAGGACACGGUCAACGCAGCCAAUCAGAUGAUCCAGGACCCAGAGAAAAACACCAUCAUCCACGCUGCAGGAGCCAAAGUGAAGGACCUGGAGGACGAAGCGGACCGGCUGCUGGAGAAGCUGCAGCCAAUCAAGAAGCUGCAGGACAACUUGAGGCGCAACAUCUCCCAGAUCAAGGAGCUGAUCAACCAGGCCAGGAAGCAAGCCAACUCAAUCAAAGUGUCGGUGGCUUCAGGAGGUGACUGCCUCCGCAGUUACCGCCCAGACAUCAGGAAAGGAAGAUAUAACACCAUCAUCCUUCAUGUUAAAACCACCACACCUGAUAACCUGCUGUUCUACCUGGGGUCAGCCAAAUAUGUGGACUUCUUGGCCUUGGAGAUGCGUAAGGGGAAGGUGAAUUUCCUCUGGGACGUGGGUUCAGGUGUGGGGAGAGUCGAAUAUCCUCAUCACACCAUCCACGAUGGGAACUGGCACAGAAUAGAAGCGUCGCGCAAUGGGUUGAAUGGGACCAUAUCGGUGUAUCCUCUGGAAGGCCCUAUGGCUGGUAUGAUGCCGACCCCAGCCAGCGCCAACUCGCCCACCACAUUCACCAUCUUGGACGUGGACCAAAACGCCUACCUGUUUGUGGGAGGAAUACUCGGCCUCGUCAAGAAAGCGGAUGCGGUGAGAACGACCACGUUCACGGGCUGCAUGGGAGAGACGUUUUUGGAUGGAAAACCUAUCGGUUUGUGGAACUACAGAGAGAGAGAGGGAGACUGUAAAGGCUGUGUUGUCAGCCCCCAGCGUUCGGACGGCGAGGGGACGGUUCAGAUGGACGGGGAGGGCUACGCCGCGGUGGGACGGCCCACCAGGUGGAACCCCAACGUCUCCACCAUCACCUUCAAGUUCCGCACGUUCUCAUCCGAGGCUCUGCUCAUGUACCUGGCCACAGAGGACAUGAAGGACUUCAUGUCCCUGGAGCUGUCGGAGGGGAAGGUGAAGGUGAGCUUUGACCUGGGCUCAGGCGUCGGCACCGCCACAUCGGCCAGCCGCCACAACGACGGACGCUGGAAGUCCCUCACAAUGUCGAGGAACAAGAAACAAGCCACGGUCACUGUGGUGGACAUCGACAGCAGUGCAGAGGAGAAGAUUGCCGCCACAUCCCAGGGUUCAGCUACCGGCCUGAACCUGAAGGAAAACCAGAAAAUAUAUUUUGGAGGGUUGCCCACGAUCGGAAACUACAGCAUGACAGCCAGGUCCGAGGUGACUCUGAAGAGGUAUGCUGGCUGCCUGCGUGACAUUGAAGUGUCCAGAACGCCAUAUAAUCUCCUCAGCAGCUCAGAUUAUACCGGAGUGACCAAAGGAUGUCAUGCGGAGAACCUGUACACAGUCAGCUUCUCUAAAGCGGGAUACAUGGAGCUGAGCGGCCUGCUGCUGGGAGUCGACACGGAGAUCAGCCUCUCCUUCAGCACCCUGGCAGACACUGGGACCAUCCUGCUGGCGGUGGCCGGAGCUUCGCCGAUCAGCCAGCAGGCCCGCAGCGCCAACGUCCUCAACUCAAAGCGGAGACGGCGGCAGUCUGGAGAGCCCUUCCUCUCAGUCAUGUUGAACAAAGGCUCCCUGGAGGUCAUGCUGUUUCUCGGUAACGGCAGUCCCCGUCGUGUCGUCAGGCGUCCGGACCAAGGCGUCCUGAAUGAUGGCAGGGAGCACUCACUGCGCAUCGAGAGGCUGCCUGGCAGAUCUUUUGCGAUCCAAGUGGACGAGGAGGCCAAGAGGGAAACGGCGCUGCCUCAUGAUCAGCCAAUAAGCCUGCAGCGUGUCUUCCUCGGUGGUAUUCCUGCAGAAGUGGAGCAGACGUCCAACAGGGUCAACGUCCCGUUCCAGGGAUGCAUAUGGAACCUGAUGGUCAAUUCUGUUCUGUCAGAUUUCUCCCAGCCUGUUUCCUUUGAGAAUGCUGAAAUCGGCCAGUGCCCCUACCUUGGCCCGCCAGCUCCUCCACCUCUGCUCCCUGAGGUGGAGGAGCCUGAGACGGAGGAGAAGGAGAAAGAGAAAGAGGUGUCGAAGCCACUGGCCCCUCCUCUGACCCCUGCUCCCGCCACGCCACCUCCGCCUGAUCUGUGUGCAUCAGCUGUGGCCCCGACAGCCCUGGAGAAGGCCUACCAGUUCGGACUCUCCAGAAACAGCCACAUGAGCUUCGCCUUCGACGACACCAAAGUCAGAGAGAGGCUGAUACUGGAGUUCGAGCUGAGGACGAAGGAGGAAUCCGGUCUCGUUCUCUACAUGGCGAGAAUCAACCAUGCUGACUUUGUUUCCAUACAGAUCAAGGACGGACAGGUUUGUCUGGGUUACGAUCUCGGUCAUGGAAACAUAUCUGGCUGUGUUCCCUUCUCCAUCAACGAUGGGAACUGGCACAAGAUCCGUGUGAGUCGUAACAAGCAGCGAGGCCUCCUGGUGGUUGACGGUCGGUACAGCAAACAGAUAACCAGUCCCAAGAAGGCGGACCUGUUAGACGUGGUGGGAACAUUGUUUGUUGGCGGUUUGCCGCAAAACUACACGACCAAGAGAAUCGGACCGAUUCUCUACAGUAUCAACGGAUGUAUCCGUAACCUAAAGAUGGUUGGAGGCCCUGUAAGCGCAAAGUCACCGACCACAGGCCGCGUUGAGUUCAUCGCAGAGGACUUCAAGCUGGACAUGGCCACGCCCACAUCAAGCCACAUGGUCGGAAGGUGUUUCGUAGCCACCGAGACGGGAACUUACUUUGACGGCUCCGGUUUCCUGAAAGCAGUUGCUUCCUACAGAGUGGGCCUGGACGUGUCUAUAGCCUUAGAGUUUCGAACCAGCAAAACCAACGGGGUGCUUUUGGCCGUCAGCAACCAGGCCAAUGAUGGACUCGGUCUGGAGAUUGUGGACGGGAAGCUGCUGUUCCAUGUUGAUAAUGGAGCAGGCCGGUUCACUGCUGAGCACACGCCUGAGGGGGAGGGCUUCUGUGACGGCCAGUGGCACUCCGUCACUGCCAGGAAGCUUCGCCACAGGGCGGAGCUGACGGUCGACGGGACGCAGAGCCAAGCCGAGAGUCCCAACGCACGCUCCAACACCUGCGACACCAACGACCCCAUCUACGUCGGGGGAUAUCCUGAUGGAGUUCGUCAGGCCGCUCUUUCCAUCAGCUCUUCCUUCAGAGGCUGUAUGAGGAACCUGAAGAUCACCAAGGCGGCCAAGACCAUGGAGGUGCAUUUCAACAAGGCUCUGGAGAUUAAGGGCGUCCAGCCGCUGUCCUGCCCGGCCGCUGCUGCGUAACUCGCCCUGCAGAGCCCGUCCAUGUGGCGUCUCCCCUCAACGCCACAAGGACGUACGUCUGUCUCUAACAUUGUGGCAUUUCAUGCAUUAAUGUGUGAUCUCAACAUGUUAAAUGCAAAGGUCAAGAUUAUCCCAGUUUAACUUCUUUCAAGCAAGACAUUUGCCUGAGUGUCCACCAUCUGUUGUGCGGGUUUGCCUGCAGGUGUGUGGAGACUUAUGUUACAGCCACCUUUAAUUCAUCUUCUCAGAGCCGAUGACAGGUUGUUUGAUUAUAAAUCUCUCAGGACUUGUGAUUGAUGGCAUCUUUCUCCAACUCCGAACAAACAUGCCUCGUUAAAUGCUGAGCUGAAACAGCAGAAGAUCCACAUUUUGGAAAAUUCUCUUCAUGUUUUUCUUCAAAGAGCAAACAUCUUAACCGUUACACAUCAAAACAAGAUGCCACUACAGCCUGACUUAAUAAACCUACUAUGGCCGCACUCUCAGUUCAAAGCAUAUUUUAAAGUUUGUCCACCGGUGUGUGUUCAUACCGUGCACGACAGGUUACCUGCAUGGUUACAGGUGCUAACAGUAUUUCAGCUGUUUUUGGAAGAUGUGUGAUGAGUGAGCAUUAAAUCAGCUUUUCUUGUUCCUCUUGAAGAGGUAAAUGCGUGAAUGUUUUGGGUAUUUUUUUUUUUUUUUUUUUUAAACUGGUUAAAGGGAAGUUUGAUUCACCAGUGUAACACAAACAUCAGAAAUGUUCCUGAUUAUAGCUGCAAGUGUUUUUCUCUGUAAAUGUCCUUCAUAAACCUUGUGUCCUGAAAAUGAAUUGACGAUAUUCACAUCAUUUCUUCUCAGUGUUUUUGUUUGCCCUUGAAAUGUUUGCUGAUCUAGGAAUGGGUUUUGUGUUGUGGUUGUGUUUUCACAUCAGUCGGACGUAUGACAUAUGAAGCAGGGCUUCUCUGCAGCCAACUUUUGGUGAACAUACAUUUUCUUAGAGUUGUGAGGAUCAGCUAAAAAAUGCAAAUGUACACAUUUUUCGAAAAGCCAAAAAUACUCUUAAUAUCUUGUAGAUAGGAACUCCAUCUGUUUAUCAAAUCCACUAAACUUACUGAUGCUUGGAGUCGGGGGUAAAGCUAAAGGAACAUUCCACAUGAGCUGCAGCUUGUGUCUCUCAUCAGUGACGUCAGGACGGCAAACGGAAGGCACAAGGUUUGUGCAGGACAUGGCGUUUUCGCUCUGCAUGGUGUGACUGACAACCCUGAAGGAGUUUAUUCAAAUAUACUAUUGACAGCAUCA